UAACUUCCGGUUUGAUUCAGGCUCCGUAGAAUGUUUUUCGGCUUUAGGCAGUAUCCUUGCGCAGUGUCACAGUUAUCCUACGUCAUCCGUCAUUUUCUUCAACUGCACUUGCAAUUUGCAGUUCUAUAUCUCCGAGGGAUAUAUUUUGUUUGUCGUAUGUCCAUCCAGAAUCUCAACACAUUCGACCCCUUUGCAGAUGCAAUCAAGGGUUCAGAUGAUGAUGUCCAAGACGGUCUCGUGCAUAUAAGGAUCCAACAGCGGAAUGGUCGUAAGACCUUAACAACGGUACAGGGGCUUUCUUCUGAAUAUGACUUGAGAAAAAUAGUACGAGCAUGUAAAAAGGAGUUCGCCUGCAAUGGGACAGUAAUUGAACACCCAGAGUACGGGGAGGUGCUGCAGCUGCAGGGGGACCAGCGAGAAAAUAUAUGCCAGUGGUUAACAAAGUCAGGUCUGGCCAAACCUGACCAACUCAAAGUCCAUGGUUUUUAAUCGACAAACCACCCAUGCCACUAUAUAAGGCAAUUCCACAUUCAUCAAUAUAUAAUACCUUAUCAUCUUAAAUUAUCUGUAUCAGUCACUAUCACUUGUUGAUACUUCGUGGGAUACCUUAUUAUAUACACAUAUAUAUUUCAAUAAAAAAAAAAUAAAUAAAUAAAAAAUAAAAAAAAUAAUAAAAUAAAAUAAAAUAAAAACUAAAAAAAAGCUAUAUAACACAGUACCGAGAUAUAGGCACAAUAAUCUAAUCAGACGUUUUUUCUAAGAUUUUAGGAAGCAAUAUUUUACCGCUUUAUGUUAGAUAAUCCAAUGAAGGUGUCACGCUUAAAAUAAUAGUGAUAAUAGUAGAAUUUUGAGAAGAUAAGUAUACAAAGGAUAGACAGAAAUAGCAACAGAUGGUUUGGUUCAGUAAUAGAUAGUAUGUAUCUGGGCGCUAUAGACGUGUUCAGAGAGAGAUUGAAAAGUAUUGUUACCUUAGGCUUCGAGAUUGGCUUCUUUAUGUAAACAAGAAUGCGUUGGUUUAUACAUUAGGGAAAGCAAACUUGGUGUUUGCCCUCUUGAUGUCAUCUUUUUAAUUUUGUGCCUCUGAUUUUAUAUAAAUUACAAAAUUUUUUCUUUUUUUUUUUUUCUUUUUUUUUCUUCCUCUUUUUCUUCUUUUUUCUCAUUUGUUAAAGAAUAAAUUUUUACUGUAACAAAUGUUAUUUCAAAUGUUAUGCUAUGUUUCAUAUUCUUUCUAAUGCGGUAAUCGAAGAAAAAUUAUUGUUCACGAUAAAAAUAUGUGGCUGUUCUCUAAAGUAAAUAAAUAGUAAUUUGACUUGA